AUGGUCAGCUCCUGUUGUGGCUCUGUCUGCUCUGAGGAGGGCUGUGGCCAAGGCUGCUGCCAGCCCAGCUGCUGCCAGACCACCUGCUGCAGGCCCAACUGCUGUGUGUCCAGCUGCUGCAGACCCCACUGCUGUGUGUCUAGCUGCUGCAGACCCCAGUGCUGCCAGUCUGUGUGCUGCCAGCCCACCUGCUGCCGCCCCAGCUGCUGUCGCCCCAGCUGCUGCAUUUCUAGCUGCUGCAGGCCUUCCUGCUGCCGCCCUAGCUGCUGUGUGUCCAGCUGCUGCAGGCCCCCAUGCUGCAUCUCCAGCUGCUGUCGCCCCUGCUGUGGUAGUUCCAGCUGUUGUGGAUCCAGCUGCUGCCGCCCCACCUGUUGCAUUUCUAGCUGCUGCAGGCCUUCUUGCUGCCGCCCUAGCUGCUGUGUGUCCAGCUGCUGCAGGCCCUCUUGCUGCAUCUCCAGCUGCUGCCGCCCCUGCUGUGGUAAUUCUAGCUGUUGUGGAUCCAGCUGCUGCCGCCCCAGCUGCUGUGUGUCCAGCUGCUGCAGACCCCAAUGCUGCAUCUCCAGCUGCUGCCGCCCCACCUGCUGCCAGACCACCUGCUGCAGGACCACCUGCUGCCGCCCAGCAUGCUCUAGUGGUUCUUGCUGCUGA